CCCCACCAUGCUCAACGUGCCCGCGCAGGCCUUCCCGGCGGCCGGCUCGCAGCAGCGGGCCGCUCCGCCCGCCCGCACUAAGGGACGCAGGCGGGAGCGUGAGAAAAUAUGGCACAUGGUGUCCCUGGGGAGGAAAUGUGAUCCAGAGCUAAGAGGGUGAGCUGGAAGUGGUGUGGCGUAGUCCAAGAAAAGUCAAGUUACCGGUUGGGAGGUACCUUUAAAGAAAGGCAGAAGCCUUAUGGAUUGGAUUCGACUGACAAAAAGCGGAAAAGAUCUAUCGGGACUGAGAGGAAGAUUGAUAGAAGUAACUGAAGAAGAGCUCGCUAAGCAUAACAAAAAGGAUGACUGCUGGGUGUGCAUAAGAGGACUUGUUUACAAUGUCAGUCCGUACAUGGAAUAUCACCCUGGUGGAGAGGAUGAACUGAUGAGAGCAGCAGGAACAGAUGGCACAGAUCUGUUUGAUCAGGUUCAUCGUUGGGUCAACUAUGAGUCUAUGUUGAAAGAAUGUCUUAUUGGGAGAAUGGCAGCCAAGCCUGUUGCUGCUGCUAAAGAGAAUCUUGAAGAGAAGAAACGCUUAAAUGGCAUGCUUCCUAAAAGCCAAAUUUCAGAAACACUUGCCAAAGAUAAUACCCCAAGCUAUGAUUGGUUCCAAACAGAAUCCUCGGUCACUGUUGCCAUCUACACAAAACAAAAGGAUUUAGAUUCUGAGUUGGUGAUCGUUGACUACCAAGAUGGUUCCUUGAGAGCAGAAAUAGUUAUUAAGGAGAAUUCAUAUCUUCUACAUUAUGAGCUGAGCUAUGCAAUUCAAGAGGACAUUCAAGUACGCAUUGCUGAAAAAGUGGGGAAAAUAGAGAUCAUUCUGAAGAAGAAAGAUAGCAUCGCUUGGAAAAGUCUUGGACAUCCCUUGGAAAACCAUAAUUCUUUUAUUUCCCACAGAGACACGGGAUCGUUCUAUCGAAAAUGCCAGCUGAUUUCUAAGACAGAUGUCACCCAUGAUACCAAACUUUUCUGCUUAAUGCUGCCUCCAAGUUCUCAUCUUCAGGUGCCUUUAGGGCAGCACAUUUACCUCAAGCAAACUAUCGCAGGCACAGAAAUAGUGAAGCCGUAUACACCCGUGUCAGGUUCCUUGCCAUCAGACUUCCCGGAUCCCUGUCAUCCUUAUAACAAAUACAUAUAUUUUAUGAUUAAAAUCUACCCCAGUGGACUUUUCACACCACAGCUGGAUCAUCUUCAGAUUGGAGAUUAUGUUUCUGUGAGCAGUCCUGAAGGCAAUUUUAAAAAGUCUCAGCUUCAAGCAAUAGAAGAUCUCUUUUUAUUGGCAGCUGGAACAGGCUUCACCCCAAUGGUUAAACUACUAAAUUAUGCUUUGACUAAUAUUACCAGUCUCAGGAAAGUGAAGCUGCUGUUCUUCAACAAAACAGAAGGAGAUAUACUUUGGAGAAGCCAAUUGGAGCAAUUAGCAUUCAACGAUCAAAGGUUUGAAGUGGAGUUUAUUCUCUCAGAACCCCACUGCGGAUGGUCAGGCCAACAGGGGAGGAUUUCCUCGACUCUCCUAUCUGACUGUGUUAAAAGAAGCCAAGAUGGGUCCAACGUUCUCAUCUGCAUCUGCGGCCCGGCCCCUUUCACGGAACUAGGAAUGAGGUUGCUACAGGAUCUUAAUUAUUCCAAAGAAGAGCUUCAUAGUUUUACCGCAUAAAACAAGACCAUCACCGAUCUGAUCAAAUUGAUUUAUCUACAUUCAUGAUCGUGGAAACUUUUUUAAGAAAGACUUUUUUUUGUAUGAACGCCAUAUGUUGAAUCCAGUCAUUUCUUUCUUCAAAUACACGCACCUUUCACUGGAGUAAAAUAAUUUAGUACUGUGUUACACCUUGCGUCAUUUCAUAGCUUCUAUCAGAGGGAUGAGUUAAUCUUGUAAACAAAUGAACUGUUUUAGAUAUCGUUGUUUAUUCCUCACAGUUUAAAAUUACUGUCUCACAGUUAUACAAUUAGCACCCUUUGCUAGUAUUUUACAACCCGUUGUGUGGUAAAUGAACCCUUUUAUUACAUCUUCGUUACUGUAAAAUGUCUUAUUAGCAAUACAGGUUAAAUUAUACAUUGCACAGUUACCUCAGGAAAUGAUCAUUAAUGUUCUUGUAAUUGCUAUUGAAACAUGGAAUGUUCUGAUUUCUUAAGUGAUCGAAACAAGUUCUUGUACAUAAUGACAAUUCGUAGUAGAAUAAAAUGGUAAAUUAGUGCUUUUUAAAAGA